GGUUUCUGGACUCCAGAAGUAAUAAAAAUUAUUAUGGCGAAUUCGAUAAGUGAUCGAGACGAAGAUCGUCCUCGCCUCUACAACCCCUACCAGGAUCUGCAGCUACCGGUCCAAACCCUCUAUAAGCUCCCUACAUCCCCUGAAUACCUCUUCCAAGAAGAAUCAAUCGCGCAGCGCCGAUCAUGGGGAGAGAAUCUUACGUACUACACUGGCUGUGGCUAUCUUGCCGGAGCUAUCACCGGCGCCGGCAAAGGCCUUGUCGAUGGCGUCAAUGCCUUCGAAAAGGGCGACACCUUGAAACUUCGCAUCAAUCGGAUUCUCAAUGCCUCCGGCCACUCUGGCCGCCAAUUCGGAAACCGUGUCGGUGUUAUUGGGUUGUUGUACGCUGGGCUUGAGAGCGGUAUCGUUGCCGUUAGAGACAGCGACGAUGUACUUAACAGUGUUUUGGCCGGACUUGGUACCGGAGCUCUGUAUAAGGCGGCUUCCGGGCCAAGGUCUGCCGCAGUUGCCGGCGCAAUUGGAGGGCUGAUGGUGGGAGCUGUGGUUACUGGGAAGCAGGUUUUGAAGAGAUACGUGCCCAUCUAGGGUUUGUUUUCCUACUCCAUCCUUCUUCCUUCUUCGUGGGUAUCUUCUUAAUGAGUUCUCCCUGCUAUUGAAAAGGAAAUAUACUUGUUACCGAUUUGUAUUGUCUUUCCCCCUUUCCAUGUCCGUGUAAUUUGUGGAACACGUAAACAUUGUUGAAUAAUAGAGCGAUCUAUGUACGGGAAGAAACAUUAUAUUUUAUGAGUUAUUUUUU